ACAGCGAGAGACUGCUGCUGCUAGGAGGGGAAGGCACGGGGGCUAUUUGCAUGUGAAUGUGAGCCGCCGCCAGCAGCAGCCACCCCCAGCCCUUCCUCCCGGGGUGGGUUCCAUUGUGUGGUAGGAGGAGGAGAGCGCUGGGAGGGGACAGAUAAGUGGGAAGUAAAUAAUAAAAUAAAUAAUCCUCCGCGAUCACUUUUUUUUUUUUCCCCUUAAAAAAAAGUAUCGUUAUUUUUUGCGCGUUCCCCCCGCCUGCCCCCGGCGCACGGGGCCAUAGGGGGGCGCGCCGUGCGCGGCACGGGAGGCGGCCGAGCCGGCAGCCGGGUGCAGGCUUCGCGCUAACCCUCUAUGUGUCUAGGCCACUUGGGUCCUGCAUUGAGAGCCCGUGCUGGGAUGACUCGGAGACCCCGGGCCGACUGCUGCUCAAACACCGCGUUUUCAGCAUCCUAUCCAGUUAGUGAGUGUGAGGAUAUUCAACUAGAUAAAGUAUCAGACAUAAACUGCUAAUGCCAUAUUAAGGUGACCUGUCAUUUAUAAGAAGAGAAUCAAAAUUUUCCUUUGAGGUACAUCACCAUGGCGUUCUUGUAGUGAACGUUGCUACAGUGUAUGUUGGCACUCUGUCACUGAAAAAGAAAAAAAAUUAUCACAGGUGUACUAUGACGGGUUAGGCUGGUCCCGGCGUCUGUUUGUUCUACACAGCCCCCAGUGGGUCAUAAAUCAUGUGGGCAACCAUGACAAAUGGAUUUCAGGGGAUGCCGUGCCAUUACCAGACACGCAGUUGACAUGGACGAUGAAGAUGGCCGAUGUUUGUUAGAUGUAAUUUGUGACCCCCAAGCUCUUAAUGACUUUUUACAUGGAUCAGAUAAGAUUGAUGGAGAGGAUCUACUGGAUAACACAGGAGACUCUGCGAGUGCCUUCUUUGUGGGCACUGGGCUUCAUGUUCAGGAAACUCCGGGGAACCAUUUAACUACAGAAACAAACCCCCCUCCCGGUGGCGUAGACUUGGACUUUUUGGCAGAUGACAUCCUUGGAUCUCCAUCAGGGGCUGGCGCCAGCCUUGCCAACUCUGACCAGCCAUGUGAUAUUUUACAGCAGAGCCUGCAGGAGGCCAACAUCACAGAACAGACUCUUGAAGCUGAGGCGGAACUGGACUUGGGUUCCUUCCAACUCUCUAAUCUGCAACCGGUGGUGCCGGCUGCUCCAGAUGGUACCCCCCAGAUAUUUUCAGGAGGGGCAGACCUCAUUGGACUUCAGCAGCCAGCAGUGCUGACACACCAAGCACUAGUUCAACAGUCUGAUGUGGUCAACAAGGCGAUCAGUGUGCAGCCCUUUAUCCAACAAGUUGGCCUUGGCAAUGUUACAAUUCAGCCAAUCUCCAACCUCCCGGGAUUGCCCAAUGGCAGCCCUGGGGGUGCAUUGGGCAUCGGGCAGAUACAAGUGGUGGGACAGCAAGUCAUGGCCAUCAACCAGCCUACACAACAGAUUAUUGCCAAGCAAGUACAGCCAACACAGGUAGCCAAUCUGCCAGUGGGCAGCUACCUGGCAGGGGCCACCCCAGAGCAGCAGCAGGUCACACUAACAUCAAGUGGGGUGUCGCCACAGAAUGCUGGGUUGGUCCUACAGAACAAAAUUCCCACAGUGGCCACAACGCUGAAUGGCAACUCUAUGUUUGGCAGUGUAUCGGCAGCACAGUGUACUCAAUCCCUAACGGUUACUUCCAGCCUGAACAGCCCAGUUAUCAUUCAGCGGACUCCAACCCCAAUACAACCCAAACCUGCCGGCGUACUCCAGCAGAAGCUGUUCCAGAUCUCCCCCAAACCAUUUGCCUCCAACAAUACUACGCUCACCAUUCAGGCAGAGGCAGCACUUCAGCAGCACCAGAAAGCUCAGCAGAACCUGACGUUUAUGACUGGCAAGCCUGGCCAGAAUGUGGUCCUCUCUGGCUUUUCCCAGGGCCUCACUGCUAAUAUGUUCAAACAGCCUCCCCCACAGCAGCAUGGACUGGGGAAGCCCAUGAGCGUCCAGCUACUUAACCAAGGCAACAGCAUUGUUAUCCCGGCCCAGCAUGCCCAGGCUAUGCUUCAGGGCCAGAACCAGUUCCUCUUGCCUGGAGGAUCAACCGUCCAGCAGCUUUCUGCACUGCAGGCCAACAUGGGUGGCCAGAUCUUAACUGCUUCCCACCCCAGCGGACACAUUAUUACCAGUCAAGGUCCAGGAGGCCAGCUUCUAAAUCAGGCCCUGCCUGCCCAAAUACAGAACCUUGCAAGCCAGCUGAACUUGGGGCAGGUCCUCACGUCUCAGAAUGCACAUGGCACAGCUCAUAUAUUGUCCGGGCCCAUACAGUUGCAGACGGGACAGGUUGGUCAGCCAACAUUGUUCCAGAUGCCAGUUUCUCUGGCAAGCAGUCUGAGCACCCAAAGUCAGCCUUCAGUAACAACAUCUUUGACCCAUGCAGGGCAAACGGUCAUACAAGGAGUGACCUUGCCUAACCAGGUGGCCAUGUUUAACUCACCUGACGGUGUUGGUCAAGCAGUAAGCAUCCAACAGGCCUCAGCAGGGAGCAGCCAGAGUCCAGGGAUUGCGCAGCAAGGGGCCAGCCUAAUGCCUAACACAGAGCAGACCUCCAUAUUGACCGUCCAAACUACACAGCAGCCAUCACAAGGACAAGCCCAUCUCCAGUUGAAUGUACAGCAACAGCAGCAGCCUUUAGCCCCUCCACUCCCUCAGCAGGCAAUGUCCAGGCCCAGUCACGCUCCCAGUCCAGACAAAAUUAUACUUAGCCAAGCAGGAAAUAUCAUAAGUGCAGAGUCCAUGCAGAUGUUCCUCCAGCAGAAGGAGCAGCAGCAGCAAUUUUACGAAGCCGCAUUGAAAUCGCAGCAGGAAAACAGCCUGGUCCAAACCUCUGUGGCCCCACAACUCCUAAUGCCAAUCUACAGCAUAGCCGCCUCUGGCAGCACUUUCAGCAGCAGCACCGUCAGCAGCAGUAGCGUGCCCGCCUCCGUCAUAGUGAGCAGCAGUGCCGGCUCCACAGCCCAACCCAACCGUGACCUGUCCCAGAACCAUGCCACAACACCGGAAUCCAAAGGACACUUACCUCAUUUCCCUGCCAGCCAGUCUCAGCAGGCUAUGUCCUGCCAGAUUCCCACCGGACAACAGAAGCUUCCAGGAGCCUCACCUUCCCACACACUACCUCACCCCCCCAGCCCACAACUGCAGGCUUCUGCUUCCCACCACUCGCAGAUGCAGUCCCCCCACCAGUCGCGUCCUCCUUCUCAGCCACAGCCUCUGUCUCGGCCACCAUCUCGCCCUCAUUCUCGGCCUCCAUCCCAACCUCAGAGUGUCCCUCGUCCUCCUUCCGAGCCACUUUCCCGCUCCUGUACUCCUCAGAUGCAAAAUCUUUUUGUCAUCCAGAACCAAAUCUCCUCCUCCCCUCAUGGUUCUUCCCAGCACCCUCUACGUCCUCCUUCUCAGCCUCAGGUACAGACGUCUUUUCAGCCUCACCAGCCACUAGCCUCCGAUAUCCCACAAACCCUAUCAUCCCCUCAGCAACACGUUCAGCUCCAGGUACAGCUGGGCACCACCCAGCCGGAGAUUCGGACAGGGGGCCCUGUUUCUAUGCAGGCCACCCCACCCUCUUCAGAUUCCCAAGCGCAUUCGUUCCAAGUGCAGUUUCAGGCUCAGGCGGCCAUGAAACCCCAGACCUCUGUGCAAUCCCUCCACCUAACAACCGAACAGCAGCGUACGUUCCAGAUGACCCCCAGCCAAUUCCAGGCUUUGGCGUUAUCCAGUACUCUGCCACAGCAAAAGCAGCUAUUGGAGAGAUACCAACAGAUGCAGCAGGGACUGAUGUUGCAAUCCCAGCAGCCACAAGGUGGCGCACAGACAUCCCCAGCUCUUGGCGCGCAGUACAGCAGUCAGACUUCGUCUUCAGUGUUGAUCAGUGGACAGGGGCAGCCGGUGCCCACCCAAGCACCCCUGCAUGGACAUUCACCUGGUCAGGUGCUGGUCCAGCCAAUGCCUGUGUCUCACGGCGAUAUGACAAAGGUGCAAGGAGGGAGUGUCAGCCAAGCAACCCAACUUUCAACACUAAUGCAGCAGCAAGCGUCCGUUUUAGUGAAGAGUUCAGGCCCUGCAACUGCUUCCGGGCCCCAAGACCCAAAUGUUUACUCUAGUACAGUUGUGAAAACACCUGGGGUGCCGGGAAAACCCAUGAAUGCUGCUCCUAUGCAGAUGCAGGGUAAAACCGGAGUGAUCAGCUCAGUGUCUGGUCUCGGUCUGGGAAAAGGUUCUCUGCAGAUCCAAGUGGUUGGCAAGGGGAUGUCACAGAUCGUACCCACGUCCCAGGUCCAGAAUCAGCCACAGUUUGAAAGUAAAUUUGGAGCUCUGAAGAAACUUCAAACACUACAGCCAAGCAAGGAAGCCUGUUUCCUGGAACAGUUACAUAAGCACCAGGGCGCAGUCUUGCACCCAGAUUAUAAAUCUACCUUCCACUCCUUUGAAGAUGCCCUGCACAGACUUGUCCCAUACCACGUAUACCAAGGUCUGCUGCCCAACUCGCAGGACCUGAGGAAGGUGGAUGAUGAGUUUGAGACGGUAUCAACCCAGCUUCUGAAGCGCACCCAGGCCAUGCUGAACAAAUACCGUUUGCUGCUUUUGGAAGAGUCCAGGAGAGUGAGUCCUUCUGCAGAGAUGGUGAUGAUUGACAGAAUGUUCAUUCAGGAGGAGAAAGUCGCUCUGUCCCUCGACCGGCAGUUUGCAAAAGAGAGACCAGAUGAAUACGUAUCUUCCUCCUCUUCGCAGCCUCAAAACUUAGUCCCUUCUAUGGCCUCUGUCUCUUCAUCCCCUUGUCCGGCCCCUGCACCGGAGAUCUUGAAACCCACCGCAGUUCAGACCCCCACACCAAUACACCCUACCAAACUAGUGAUCAAGCACAGUGGCGGGGGCUCCCCUUCUGUCACUUGGGCCAAAUCCUCACCGUCACUCGAUGCAGACGAUGAUGCACUCCCUUCCCGCAGCAAACCUCCAAUCAAGACUUAUGAGGCCCGCAGUCGUAUCGGGCUGAAGUUGAAGAUCAAGCAAGAAGCUGGGCUAAGCAAGGUCAUCCAUAACACAGCUUUGGAUCCUGUUCAUCAAAACCCACCUCCACCCCCUCCUCCGCCUGCUCCUCCCACAACUCCUGCCAGUACCGUCAUCAAAACUAUUAAUAACCCAAUCCCAGCCACCACGACCACACCCACAGGACAGAUGAAUGGUACUCUGGACCACUCAUCACCUGCCGAAAAGAGACCCCUGGCGACACACUGUCGGCUGCCUCUCCGCAAGACGUAUCGGGAGAACGUGGAUGCCUUUGUGACGGGUAAACCAGCAGAUACCAGGGUAAAGGUAGAAACGCCAAUGCAGUUACCAGUUAUGGCACAGACUGUGAAAUUGGAGGAUGGGUCACGGAGUGUAAUUACAUCCCAUAAGACACAAGGGGUCGCUGUGGCUGAGAAGGUGAAGAAAGAGGACAGCUCCAACCUGUUGUUCUGCAGCAGAGGGGACAAAAAGUCCAACAAAAUUGAGGAGUCAACGGUGACCAUGAAGAGAGAGAUCAAGGAGGAAGAGCCAGGCUUCUACCGACGGGUGAUCAAGACUGAACCAACAGAUGAGCCAGAGUUGAGCUGGGAUAUGCCGCUUCCCUCUGCCAAAAGGCUGAAAUCAGAACAUUUUGAUGUGGACAAUGCCAGCUUUUCAAGUGACAGCCCGCAAGAUGACACUCUAAAUGAACACCUACAAAGUGCCAUCGACAGCAUCCUCAACCUUCAGCAGCCCCAGAGUGGUGGAGGUCCCAACACCCUUCUGCGCUCCUCCGCCCAGCCUUCGUACCAUCACUCCUCUUCUUCCUCUCCCUUUUCUUCCCCAGUUCACCGCACAGACUCGUACCUCACCCCCAACCACAAUGGAGGCCUGGGGGCCAGGACGUUAAAUAGAUAACAGGGGGAUGGAAACCAAUGAGCGAGCCAUGAGAAGUAAAUCAAUGAACUGACUGGGGAGAUAAAUGAUCAUAACAUGGGCAGGACAUAAGAUGCUGCAGUACUUGGGGACAGGAGGGCACACACUUUCGGAUUAAGCCUCAAUUCUUUUUCCCGUUUGUUCGCAGUGUGCGGCAAAUGGAUCUGUGGAAAGAUUGUGCUGCUUCUUCCUGUUCGAGAGAUUUAUAUCAUAGGAAAGUCUCGGCACGAGCCGGCUUGCUCCCCGGCCGCUGCAGACAAACCUAUCAAGGACACACACAACCAGUGAUCUGUUGCCUUCAAAACUUUUUUUUUUUUGUUGUUUUUCCCUAUUACCUCCCUUCCAUCUCUUCUCAUCUCAACUUGAACUAUCAAAAGAAAAUAGACAAAAAAAAAAAAACCACAAACAAAAACUUACGACCUUAAGGAAAAGCAAAACCGAAGGGACUAGAGAAGGGACUGGCUUCAAAACAAAGCGUAUUAAAAUUAUUGUAUUGAUAUUUCUUUAAGUUAUUCAAGCAUCAAGUCAGGGUUUUUUUUAUGUUUUUUUGUGUUUUUUUUUUUUUUUUUUUUCCCUAUCUGGGAAGAUAGCAAAUGAAUGCACAGUGCACACGGGACCGUGCUAUACAUGAAAUAUUCACUUUUUUUUUAUUUUUUUUGAGAAGGGGGUGGUAAAUGUCCAAAUAGGGUAACCUCUCCAGCCACUCAGUCAGGCUUGUACGUCUGCUCUGGAUUGGGAAGUAGGGAUCACUUCAGUAGACACCAAUUUGCUGAGAAAAGUAAUAAACAAAUUCAACAAGGGGUGGAGAAACUUUUACAUGCGGAACUUAGUGCACAGGUGAAUAGAAUGCCUGAUUUACAAGGUGGGCCUCACGGGUUAUGGUCUACAGGUAAAGCUUGACAGAACGUCGUUUGCACAUAGAAAAGGAUGGACACUAUUAUACUGUAUUUAAUGUUUCCGUUACGGAGUGUGCCAGUCGUGUGGGCUAAUGACACCCCUUGGCAUGGUCAUCAUGCAGUGUUUCAGGUGGUCCUUCCUGUCUUUCUAAUCCCUGCCCAACCCCUACCCCCCCCCCCCCCUUUCAGUGCCCAUCACUACGGGUAUUGGGUAUUGUUAUAGCACUAAAUUAGUGAGCAGGUUACAUACUCCUGUGACACAUAUUCUGGUGGUCAGGAUGUAAAUUACCCAGUUGGAACAGCACAUUGUACCAAAAUGGACCAAUUGCAGUAAAAUAAAAUGUCGUUGGAAAGUAACACAAGUGUCGUUCAGCUGUCGAGAAGCUUUAUGUUAAGGAAUAAAAGCAGUGAAAAGCAGAGACAGGUUGGAGUCGUUUGCAGUAAUAAUAAGUCAGAACUCCGUAACCAAAUUGCUACACUUCAGGACAGCUUCACAAAGCUUUGUUACCCAUCCAGGCAGACGUACUCUUGAAAUCUGCUCCAGAUAUCUUGUAAUCUUUUGCAAGUUUGGUAUUUAUUUUGUUUUUGAAACCCAUUACUGCCCCCCAUCAUUUUCACCAUCCCGACCCCCUCCCUUCCCCCCCGAACCAUCAUUACGGUCUAAAUAUAGUACUAUAAAAGAAUUUCUACUGUAUUUAUAAUGUAGAAUGAUUUUUUUAAAAGAAUGAUGUACAUUUAGUACUUCUGUGUAAAUUAAAUUUGCUCCUCUUUUUAAAACCUG